AUGUUUCAAAUCAACCGUGAGCUGGCAGCUUUGGGAAUCGAAUGGAACCCCAGGCGAAUUUACUACCUCGAGACUUGGAGAUAUCCUGAGGUUGAAUCACCUACCCGUUGGAAUAUUCGAGAUGGUCUUCUAGAGGACUUUCAAGUCGAGGAAUGGCUAAAUCAGCGCGGGGAGUUCUCACCUCCAGUCCCGCCGGCCGAGGUUGGAAAUGGAUCUCACGGAGGGAUUCGUUUAUUAGCAUGCAACUACCAUCUAUUUCCAAAGAUCAGCGUAGGCAUGUCCCCUGAGACUUUCGGCCUGGCUCCGCAAAAGUAUGAGAUUGGUAAUUACAUGCUGUCGCUAACGUACGAUAUGAGUUCACAUUGGACCACAGCUCUACUAGCUGGCGAGUCUAUUGUUGACACGGCAAGUACUAUCUUCAAUAGGUCUUCGCUGCCUUUAGCACCAUUGUCGCCCUGUGACGUUGUUCGCGAGUAUCUUAUGUCAUCGCCAACGCUGUGGGAUCAUCCCCUCAUGCUGCCAUGCAUUGUGCUUAGCCAUCACCUCAGGAGAUUGCAACAUCAUUGCAACAGGGACCUAACCCCAAUUGUCAUGGGUAUCGAGGCCCAACUUGGAGUGACACGAGUAGGCCGAAGAAAUUUCGACGCUAGGCCUCGCAGUAUAAACGCGAUAAAAGAUGGGCCAGUCGCGAGAGUUCAAUCUGAACAUCUCACUGUGACUAUCAAUACGCAGCUCACCAGAGUGGGUUUCACUGCGCGUAAUCCAAAAUGGAACUAUGAGGCGUCGGCGUUGCUUGAGAAGAUCGUGACCGAGUUAGCAGCCUACACACCAGCACUAAGACCAGAAGCGAAUGAGGAAAUUCUGGGUGUACUGGAUCACAACAUCACUUUGGCCAAGUCACUUGAGGACAAUGUUUUGGGGCUUCAGAAACGAUUGGAACUGCAGCUGAAUGUGCUGUAUAGUUUCGUCGCCCAGACGGACAAUCGGCUGAGCGCGCGCCUUGCUGCGACAGCAGGGCGGGAUAGCACUUCAAUGAAGAUACUGGCUUUUAUCACGACGAUAUUCCUUCCUGGUUCUUACGUUGCGUCGCUAUUCUCGAUGAACAUGUUCAAUUGGGAAGACGGAGCAUCCGGUUCUGAGGGCCCAGGCUCGGGUGGUUCUACCAUUUCACCCCAGUUCUGGAUUUAUUGGACAGUUGCAGCCCCUCUCACUGCCCUGACGCUGGCGGGAUGGGCGCUAUGGUGGAGUUUCGAAAAACAUCGGUAUGAUGAGCAUUUGGAAGGCAACAGACAAGAUACCCGAGUGAAGAUCCCACCUUGGUGGCGAAGAAUACUGGAAACCCGCCACACUCUUAACCCCGGGCUGGCAGGUCCGUUAGGGGUGGCAGGUGGCACCCGUUCCUGA